UAGCUGGGAUAGAGUUAAUUUUCUUCCCUGCAGCUGGUGCAGUGCUGUGCUUUGGACUUCGUAUGAAAACAAUGCUGAUAACACACUGAUGUUUUAGUUGUUGCUGGGUAGUGCUUGUACUAGUCAAGGGCUUUUCCAGCUUCCCAUGCUCUGCUGGGUGCACCAGAAGGCGGGAGGGGAGGGGGCACAGCUAAGAGAGCAGAUUCAAACUGGCCAAAGGGAUCUUCUAUAUCAUGUAAUGUCAUGCCCAGUAUGUUACCUGGGAGGAGCUGGCUGGGAGAGGGAGGCAGUAAUCGUGGCUCAGGGACCGGCAGCAUCGGUUGGUGAGUGCUGCUGCUCCAUGAUAUGUGAGGCAGGGCUGAUUGCACCGGAGCCCUCCAGCCCCAUGCAGUACUACGGUGAGUCGUCCGACACCUACUACCAUGUGGACCGCUGGCAGAAGCUGCGCGCAGCUGUCAGGAAGCUGGAGUUCUGGGAAAACUUCAAUGCUGAGCUGAUAGACAGCGGCUUCUUCUCCAAGGUCUACAAGGUGACCCAGGCUGCUGCUUGUAAAGUGAUGGUGGUGAAGAUCUACAAGAACGAUGUGGACCAAGAGGUGAUUGUGCGUGAGAUCAGCCUGCUGCAGAAGCUGUCCCACCCCAACAUUGUCAGGUAUCUUGGGAUAUGCGUGAAAGAUGACAAGCUGUACCCCAUUCUGGAGUACGUGAAUGGGGGUUGCCUGGAGGAGCUCCUGGCCAGAAAAGACAUUGCUUUGACAUGGAAGGAAAAAGUGGACUUAGCUUCUGAUAUCACUAGAGGCAUGAUCUACCUGCACUCCAAGAACAUCUACCACCGAGAUCUCAACUCCAAGAUAAAAGAAUGUGGAUCAUCAUGUCUGUUGAACACCUUCAAAGGAGUUUUCCUGGCUUCAGAUGUGAUUGGUCCAUCCCUAUUGUGCCUUGCACACUCCAUGUCUGCUGCCAGGAUGCAGAACUGCCUCAUUCGAGUGACACCGCGGGGCCGUGAGGCACUGGUGACUGACUUUGGGCUGGCCAGGGAGGUGGUGGAGCUGCCUGUGAAGGAUGUGGAGAGGAAGCUGUCUCUGGUGGGCUCUGCUUUCUGGAUGGCUCCUGAGAUGCUGCGGGGAGAGCCCUAUGACCGGAAGGUGGAUGUAUUUUCCUUUGGCAUUGUCCUCUGUGAAAUCCUGGGCAGGAUCCCAGCUGACCCAGAAGUGCUUCCCAGGACUCAGGACUAUGGCUUGGAUGUUGCUGCCUUCCAAGGGAUGAUCAGCAAAUGCCCCAAGCGUGUGAUGGACCUCACUGCUAGCUGCUGUCAGGUGGAUGCAUUUAAGAGGCCGUCUUUCUCUGAAAUCCUGGAUGAGUUGGAGGACAUUGUGGAGGGCCUGGAGCCUAGAAAGGAUAAUCAUCUUUCAGGCUGAGCUGACUGCCUCUUGUGAGACUUGGCAGAGAAUCACCUAAACUGUAAAUUAACUGUUUGGGGGGGUCAGGAGUGAAGAAGGUGAGGAAGGUAAAAGCUAAGUGAUGCCCUGGAUUUAUUUAAUCAUAGUCUUGGUUUUGAAUUUCUUGGAUGGAAAACAUGGUUAAAAAUGGAGAAGGGACUUACAAAGGGUGUGUUUUUUCCUAGCUAAGUUUUUACCAGAUGUAAUUAGAACACUGAGCUGCCUUUGUCUGUUUCCUUGUUAAAAGCAAAUGAUACUGAAGGGACCUGAAUUCCCUUGAGGAUGCUUUCCAAGUGUCUGACAGAAACAUUGUCCUCUCCUGCUUCCCUGUGCCCCCCAGACCCAGGGUCUUUCCCUUCUCCAUUCCCAUGGCCUUGGGGAAUCGCCUCUUGGGGGGCUGGGGUCUGUGCAGUGUGAAGGAGAGGGGCUUUGGGGUGCUUGGUGAGCCUCAGGGUCACCUUAUAUUUCAAAGCCUUAAAGGACCUGUCCAGCAGCCUUGCUGGAACAGGUAUGCUCUGUAAGGUCUCUGGCUGGGUAUCCUGGCAUCAUGCUCGGGGCUCAGCCAGGCAUGGAGGCAUCUGCCAAGGUUUUGGAGUCAGCCAGGGCCAUCCACAGAGUGCCAAACUGUGCCAGCCGAGGCAAUGGGGAGGGUGUGCCUUAUUGAGAUGGGAACUAACUGACUAAUAUCUCUUCUAGAAAAGCUUUGUCAAACACAUGUCCCAACAUCAUGGCAGUCUGGAUUUCUCCCCACUGUCCUUGACUGGGGUUUAAAGGCAGAGGGGUCUGCCUCACUGCUUCUCAUCUUGCUGCAAACAUGGUGACGAGCACAGUGCCAACAACUUGUGAGGCCGAAAGGGAGGAGAUCUGGGUCCAGGAUUAUCCAGCAUCUCACCCAUUUCCCUAGCUGGCCUAGCACCCAUUGCUUCCUUGGUGAUGUGCGACACCCUUGCGGGCCCCAGGGCUCAGGCAGCCAGGAAAGGACUUUGUUUUGAUAUCGUGUUUUCUUCUGUUGGCCAGAGGAGGGUGCUGGGGCUGCCGAUCCAAACGAGAAGUGGAAAGGAUAAUGGCUAAAAAUGGUAUGGCAUUGCAAAUUAAGGGAAGUAGGUGAGCAGUUGAGAUGCUCCCCCAGAUCAGCUGAUUGCUGGGCCAUUAGUCUGAAAGACAUGUUCUUCUGGGACCAAAAUGUUUGUGGGUAUAAAUAGGUGUAAGGUCUGUAUAGUGGUGGACCUGUGGCUCUGUUCUUAUAGACUGUAAGCUCUUGGAGCAAGGCUCAUUCAUCUGCCCACCAAAAAGUAUUUGUACAGUGUUCAGCCCAGUGGGCCUUCAGCCUACAGCUUGAAGACUGUUCUCCUACCUAGUGGUAGACCUACCUGGGGGCCACAUCUCAAGCUCUUGGAGCUGGAUUUGGUGUCGUAUAUAGCCCAAUGUCUCUGUGCCAUAAUGUCUGCACAAGGGAGUGCCAGUGAUAUGCUGGGACAGAGUUGUAGCGGAGGAGCAUGGUGCAUUUUCACCAGGGAUCAUAAGGAAUUGGGAGCUGGCAUGAAAUGCACUGAAUGGCACCAGGGUCACCAGCUCAGCCACAUCUCCAGGGGGCAUCUACAGCUCGUCAUUCCCCAGAGGUUCCAUUGUGCUUUUGUGGGAUAUUGAUUUAUUUGCACAUGAAACCUCCUCCUCAACAGUAAACUGCUCAGCAAAUACCUUCAUCCCAGUUGGACACUGUCAGCCGGGGGAAGCAAAGCCUCAUGAAGUAGAAGACUGAAAAUAAGGGAAGCUUUUCAACCUGGAGUGGGGAGAGGGGCCACUUUUUGGCCUGUGCCGGUUUGGGGACUUCAGAUCAGUGGAGAGAAAUAGACUGCAACAGCAGUGCAAACAGCAUGGAUAUAUGUGUGUGUGUCUCUCAGUGAGAGCCAGCCACCACCAGCAUCACAGCAAUGUGUUGUAUGAACAUCAUAGGGUGUAUACUUGGCUACCAGGAGACUGCAACCUCCUAAGGCUUCCCUGGCUCCCCUGGGCUCUUCUUCCAUAGAGGAAUAGUCUUGAGAAUGAGUAAUCCAACAGUAUAUGCUAACACCCAAAGCAUUAAAGAUAGAAAGUCUUUUCCGAAGGACACUAUGGAUGAAGGUUAGCUGUCCACCUUGGCUUUGUCCCUGGUGUCAUGGUUUUAGCUGGGAUAGAGUUAAUUUUCUUCACUCUAGCUGGCAUAGUGCUGUGCUUUGGACUUCGUAUGAAAACAAUGCUGAUAACACACUGAUGUUUUAGUUGUUGCUGGGUAGUGCUUGUACUAGUCAAGGGCUUUUCCAGCUUCCCAUGCUCUGCUGGGUGCACCAGAAGGCGGGAGGGGAGGGGGCACAGCUAAGAGAGCGGAUUCAAACUGGCCAAAGGGAUCUUCUGUAUCAUGUAAUGUCAUGCCCAGUAUGUUACCUGGGAGGAGCUGGCUGGGAGAGGGAGGCAGUAAUCGUGGCUCAGGGACCGGCAGCAUCGGUUGGUGAGUGGUGAGUGCUUGUAUUGUUUGUGUUUGGUUUUUUUUUUCCCCUUUUUCCCUUUUCCUUUUUAUUAUAUUAUCAUUAUUGUUGUUAUUAUCAUAAUCAAUAUUAUCAUAAUUAUUAUUUUAUUGUAACUAUUAAACUGUGCUUAUCUCAACCCACAAGUUUUUUUUUUGCUUUUGCUCUUCUGAUUCUCUCACCCAUCCCACAGAGGUGGGGGGAGUGAGCGAGUGGCUGCGCGGUGUUUAGUUGCCGACUGGGGCUGAACCACGACAGUCCUUUUUGGUGCUCAAAGUGGGGCACGAAGGGUUUGAAAUAAUAGCAGUUGCUGGUCACAGCAUUGAGUCAUCUGUUCUCAAUAUAGUUUAUCCAAUCUACACCAUGCUGAUUUUGAAGUAUACAUUAAAAAUUGCUGUUGGUUUUUGUAGUUUGCUGUGCUCUGCAGUGAUUAGAGAUGUUUUACCUAGGAGAUUUGUUAUUAAAACACUGGCCUUGACCGUUAUUUGUUAUUUGGGUCUUCCAUGGAAGGCAUUACUGUACUUUAGGUACCACCUCAUGGAUACAAUUAGCAAUUAUACCUCCUCCUCUGAGAGGUUUUUUAUGGAGGAAAUACAGAACGGCACCUUAGCUGCCAUCGUAUAUAAUGCCUCCUCCUUUAUUACAACAACUUUUCGGUAUCUUGAAUAUCCUUGGAGAGUUAAGAUACACCUGUUGGUAUUGCUUUGGCAGACGGUUUCAGCUCUGUCUAAGGUUAAUAAGCAAUUUAAGAAUAUCAUUCAGAGAUCUGCCCCAAGGCUCGAUAGCUAUGCGUGGCAGGGUAUGUGGGAUAGUGUGGGCAAAUGCCUAAGACGGUGGGCACCCCCCGUGACGUGGGACUUCACUCCUGAACAAGUGCAGAAUCCUGAAAAAUUAGAAUAUUUGGAGGAAGUGUGUUGUCACCCUGGCCAUCCCAGAGAGAUGCAAAUCACUGCAAUGGGCUGGGGCCUGGCCCAUGCCUAUCGAGCCCUGUUUAACACUGCUCAGUACCCCCAAGGGGAAGAGAAGGCCUCUGUAUCUAAAAAGAGAAAGACAAGGAAAGCAACAAGCACUGCGGCCACUCAACCCCCCAUGACAGAUGCUGUGGCUACUCCAACCCCGAUGACAAGCGUUGCAGAGAAUCAACCCAUGCCAGUAUCAGUUGCCCCCAUACACAAGAAGAAAUCCUGGAAGAGAAAGUCAACUCAUUUGGAAAGAGAUGAUGAAGAAGCAAGGCCAUCAUGAGGAGAGGAGGAGGAAGAGGAAGAACUUGUACAAGAAACAGAAACUACCCGAUCCCUGUCCUUGAGUGAGUUGCAGGAUAUGCAAAAAGAUUUCGGCCAUCGUUCAGGUGAGCACAUUGUCACCUGGCUGCUCCGAUGCUGGGAUAGUGGUGCCAGCAGUCUGGAAUUAGAGGGGAAGGAAGCCAAACAACUGGGUUCUCUUUCUAGGGUAGGGGGCAUUGACAAAGCAAUUGGAAAAGGAACACAAGUCCUCAGCCUCUGGAGGCGACUCCUGUCCGGUGUGAGAGAAAGGUAUCCCUUCAAGGAAGAUAUUGUAUUUUGCCUAGGAAAAUGGAUGACCAUGGAGAAAGGUAUCCAGUAUCUGAGGGAACUAAUUGUGCUUGAGGUGAUUUAUAGUGACCUGGAUGAUCAACAGUCAUCCAAAGAUCCAGACGAAGCCCAUUGCACACGACCCAUGUGUCAGAAGUUUGUAUAGCGCGCACCAUCGACGCAUAGGAACUCAUUGGCAGUGAUGUCCUGGAAAGAUGACAAGGCACCAACAGUGGCAGAGGUGAUUGACAGACUCUGGGAUUACAAAGCAACUCUCUCUUCCUCCCUCAUCUCAGCUGUGGAGAAACUGUCCCGGGAGGUCCUGGAACUCAAAGAAGGUAUGUCCUACUCCCCAGCGGUACGGACCAGUAUCUCAGCCAUUAGGAGUAAGCGUCCCUCUGCUCCAGAGAGAGGAUACGCACCAUGAGGCACCCUAUGGUUUUACCUGCGUGACCACGGAGAGGACAUGAAGAAGUGGGAUGGAAAAACCUACCUUGACCCUAGAGGCACGGGUACAUGAGCUGCAAGGGAAAACAGUCACUCAGGGGGGUUCUUCCAGGAAAGCUGCUGUUCCAGGUUCCAGCGAGCAAUUCCCCAGACAGAGGAGCAGAAGCGCUGAUUUUUUUCUGAUCCUAAUAGAGACACUGUGAUUCGUAUAAGUGAGUGACGAAUACUAUGAUCAGGACUAGAGGGGCCCUGCCUCCAGCCAGGUGGAGGAAAGGGAUAACCGGGCUUACGGGACUGUGUGGAUCCGAUGGCCUGGCACGUCCGACCCACGGGAGUAUAAAGCUUUAGUGGACACCGGCGCACAGUGCACCUUAAUGCCAUCAAACUCUAUAGGGGCAGAGCCCAUCAGCAUUGCUGGAGUGACAGGGGGAUCCCAAGAGCUAACUGUAUUGGAGGCCAAAGUGAGGCUAACCAGGAAUGAGUGGCAAAAGCACCCCAUGGUGACUGGCCCAGAGGCUCCAUGCAUCCUGGGCAUAGACUGCCUCAGGAGAGGGUAUUUCAAUUGCUUUUGCUCUUCUGCUUCUCUCCCCCAUCCCACAGGGGUGGGGUGAUUGAUCGAGCAGCUGCAUGGUAUUUAGUUGCCAACUGGGGCUGAACCACGACACCUGGCUAGAUGCAUUGCUUUCACAAAGCCUUUCCCCAUGCUGCCUGGUCUGUCACGCUAGAGUCUGUUCUUCCUCUGUCGCCCCUGCAAAACAGUCGACUAAAGGAAGAUCCUUCAACAUACCAGUCCCCCAAAUGGCCUGUUAUGGGGUGAAGGUGUCUUGUUGCAGGGGGACUUCCCUGCAGUGCUGCUCCCAUGCUGGCCACCCACUUCCCAGGAGAGCAAGGCUUGGUGCUGGUGUUGCCGUAACAAUAGACUGGGCUGGUCCUUCCUCCGGAUAUACACCUGACUCUGUUCCUGCAGAGCAACAGCUGUGGGGCUGGGACACCCCUUUAGAAAAGUCAUAUGGAGUUGUGUAUACUUUGGUGAUGCUGGGAGUGAAGGAAGAUUUUUUGGUUUUAUUUAUCUGCUCAGGGUUAAGAAGCCUGUCAAGGAUUAAAUAGAUCUGGGGCAGGGAGAUAUUUUCUGCACAGAGCAUGAGGAAGGCAUCAGCCAGCAUGCUCUGAGCUGCAGUGGAUCAGAACUGUGUUUCUUCUGGGCUUGCCAUGUGCUCCAUCCACUCUCAUGGUGAGGCCACAUACUGGAUCUCAGGGUACUGAAGGAUAUCAGGUCCUUGCUAGAAGGACCUUUGGUGCCUGCUGCAGGGGCAGGUGGGACUGAGACUGUCUGCAGGCACCAUGUAGACUAGAAAAGCCAGUGUUGAGAGUCUGCAGAGAGUAGAGGUGGUCUGGGAAUUUGCUGCAUCUUGUGGACCAAGAGUUUCUCUUCACUGGCCAGAGCUAGAGGGAGAGGCAAGCAUGAGAAACCUGCCAUGAUGCCCUCCAGGUAUGAGCCCCUGUGCAGGGAGUCCAGGGCCUGAGUCCUCCACACCAGUGUGAUGCAAAGUCCAGGGCAGUAGGUGCAUUUCAUGUCUUGGAGUCCUGGCACUGAACUGAAGCAACUGCAAUGGUGGGUGGAGGGUCUGGGUGGCACACCGGGCUCACUGUUCCUGGUCCUGGCCAGGAGCUGCCUCCUUGUCAUGGUUUUAGCUGGGGUAGAGUUAAUUUUCUUCACUCUAGCUGGCACAGUGCUGUGCUUUGGACUUCGUAUGAAAACAAUGUUGAGAUAACCCACCGAUGUUUUAGUUGUUGCUGGGUAGUGCUUGUACUGGUCAAGGGCUUUUCCAGCUUCCCAUGCUCUGCUGGGGGUACCAGAAGGCGGGAGGGGAGGGGCACAGCUAAGAGAGCAGAUUCAAACUGGCCAAAGGGAUCUUCUGUAUCAUGUAAUGUCAUGCCCAGUAUGUUACCUGGGAGGAGCUGGCUGGGAGAGGGAGGCAGCAAUCGUGGCUCGGGGACCGGCAGCAUCGGUUGGUGAGUGGUGAGUGCUUGUAUUGUUUGUGUUUCUGUUUUUUUUUUUCCCCUUUUUCCCUUUUCCUUUUUAUUAUAUUAUCAUUAUUGUUGUUAUUAUCAUAAUCAAUAUUAUCAUAAUUAUUAUUUUAUUGUAACUAUUAAACUGUGCUUAUCUCAACCCACAAGUUCUUUUGCUCUUCCAAUUCUCUUCUCUGUCCCAUGGGGUGGGGGGAAUGAGCAAGCGGCUGCGUGGUGUUUAGUUGCUGACUGAGGCUGAACCAUGACAGUCCUCUGCGUCUCUUCCCUCUGGUGGGCGCUUGUUCUGCUGAUGCCGCCAGCACAGACCUGCCAUGCUGAUCCCACGGGCCAUGCAUUCCCACAUCCUCCAUUGUAUCUUCCUUUGUUCUUAGUAAUGCUAUUUGGAAAUAAAGUCUAGCAGUUCUUUUCCACAUCA